AUCCUUGCAGCAGCGUGGAGUGCGUAGAGCCGGAGAUCUGCCAGUUGGACGGUUCGCGGCAACCUGCUUGUCGCUGCGGGGAACAAUGUGGCCUGGAAUUCGCACCGGUUUGCAGCAGCGACGGCAAGACGUACUCGAACGAGUGCAGCCUCCGACAGGAAGCCUGUCGGUCGAGAUUGCCCCUCAGAAAGGUCUACAAUGGCGCCUGCAAUUCCGGAACGAACCCUUGCGACGAGGCCAAGUGCAGCUCCUACGAGCAGUGCGUCAUCAACCGUUACGGCAUCGCCAACUGUGAAUGCGGCCCCGAGUGCGAACCGGUGAUGCGGCCAGUGUGCGUCCGCGGUGGCACCACCUACACGUCCAUGUGCGAGCUGAAGAGACAGGCGUGUCUGACGAGGAGCAACAUCGAGGUCGCCUAUGCCGGCACGUGCGGCUCCAGGGGGCCCUGCUCAGAGAAGGUAUGUCAAUGGGGUGCAAUCUGCGCGGAGAACGGCGGCAACGCCGUGUGCGAGUGCCCGACUUGUCCGGCGGAAUUUCAGCCGGUCUGCGGCGAUGACGGCAUCAGCUACGGCAACGAGUGCAAGCUUCGCCUGGAGGCGUGUCAGCAUCGACGGGAGAUACGCGUUCUGUACGAAGGACUGUGCAAUGGCUGCGAGAACAAGAAGUGCGAAUUCUACGGCGAGUGCGAGAGCGACAGCGCCGGGGAAGCCAAGUGCGUCUGCCCCAGCAAGUGCGAGACCACCGUGAAAGAAGCCGGCGGAUUAAACGAGCCAACCGAGAAGGUUUGCGGAUCCGACGGAGUGACCUACGACAACGAGUGCGCCUUGAAAAAGGCGUCGUGCACGAGUCAGACCCUCAUCACCAUUACCUACGUGGGUGACUGCGAGCUAUGCACGAGGGUGGAGUGCGAGCACGGGGCGCACUGCGUGGCGGGCGUGUGCGUGUGCCCGAAGGUCUGCCCGGAGAGCAGCGGGGAGCUGGUUUGCGGUAGCGAUGCGAAAACUUACCAGUCCGAGUGCGAGCUGCAGCGCGCGGCCUGCGGUAGAGACCCCAAGUUGCCGGCGUUGCACGUCACGUUUUACGGGGACUGCGGCGACAGAUUCGCCGUGGCGGCAUUGACGACCAAGUCGACGCCCGCGGUGACUCGCGUGGCCACCACCGUGGCCGAGGUGACCAGCACGCAGGAGCGCGAGGCCUGCAAGGACAUCCACUGCGACUUCGAGGCGACCUGCGAGCUCGGGCCGGAUAAGUUCCCCAGGUGCAGCUGUAGGUUCGACUGCGCCUCCAUCUCGCCGGAGAACAUGCGACCAGUUUGCGGCAGCGACCUCAGGACCUACUCCUCCCUCUGCGCCAUGAAGAUGGAGGCCUGCCAGCGGCAGCAGGAGCUGCGGCUGAGACCUCUCGAACUCUGCCAAGGCAUGGAAGUGAAGCCUUGCAACGGCGACCCUCCGAUAGUAGACGCCGAGGGCAAAGAAUACGACUGCGGUAGUGGACCGGAACGCAAAGACUGCCCUAGCAAUAGUUACUGCCAUCAGACCACGCGAUUCGCUCGUUGCUGUAAGAAAGUCCAGGGGAUCCAGGUGGUAAAGUGCGCGGAUUCAUGGCACGGCUGCUGCCCGGACGGCAAGACCGCCGCCCUCGGCCCGGACAACGCCGGCUGUCCGAGCUUGUGCAACUGCAAUAGGCUUGGCAGCGUGUCCGACACCUGCAACCCGGAAACCGGUCAAUGCGAAUGUAGGCCGGGUGUGGGCGGUCUCAAGUGUGAUAGGUGUAUGCCGGGUUACUGGGGGCUGCCGAAGAUUAGCGAGGGUCAUCAGGGAUGCAUACCAUGCGGCUGCUCGCUAUUUGGCUCAGUCAGGGAAGAUUGCGAGCAGAUGACGGGACGUUGCGUCUGCAAGCCCGACAUUCAAGGGCAAAAGUGCACGAUCUGCAACGACCACAACAAAAUACUCACGCCUACCGGAUGCUACUCAGCCGAUACGAUACCGCCCAUUCCGACGUCCUGCAACGAGCUGGAAUGCUAUUCGGGUGGCCACUGCUCCGAGAUCGGCAACGCGCAUUGCGUCUGCCCGUCCUCCUGCCCCGCGGACAUACCGGCCGUGCCGGUCUGCGGCAGCGACGGGCAGACCUACGACAACGAAUGCGAGCUACGACUGUACGCGUGUCGCCACCAGGCCGACGUGGUGACGCAGGCCUUCGGCCACUGCAGAGACGACCCUAUGGUCAACACGGACUUCCCCGUUAAGAGAUACACGGCUGUACAGUACACGCAACCAGCGGCCGCCAUCUCGCCGCUGUCCAAGUCCACGCGUCAUCUCUUGGUGCCGGAGCCGGACCCACGUUAUUAUUACACCCACCGAGCUCAUCAAGAGACCAUCACCAUCGACCGAGAUAACUUGAAACACGGAGUGGCCGCGGCGUAUCGACCGACCCCGGCGACGAUUCGAGUGGUCACCGCUCUGCUGGGUGACCUUUGCACCGACGACAAAGACUGCACGAUACCUAACAGCGAGUGCGCCAACGGCGGCUGCAUCUGUUCCGAGGGCUACGCGGAAACCAGCGAUCGGCAGGAGUGCUUCGCCAAUUACGUGCCGGUGACGCCGACCGAGGAAUUUCGCGCGUGCCUCUCGUACCCGUGUCACAUGACCUCCACGUGCAUCGACCUGCCCAGCGCGACUUUCGUCUGCGUGUGCCGGCCAAAUUACACCGGGCUGCUGUGCGACGAGGAGAUCAACAAAAGGGAUUACGAGGUGCCCUCCUUUGACGGCAAAAGCUACGUACGGAUGAACCGGCUGAAAGCGUAUCACAAAUUCAGCAUCGAGGUCGAGUUCAAAACGUACGCGGACAACGGCAUCAUACUGUACAAUCAGCAGAAGAACGACGGCACCGGCGACUUUGUUUCGCUGGCUAUUGUCGACGGAUACGUUCAGUUCAGAUACAACUUGGGAAACGGACCCGUAAUACUCGCGUCGCCGGAGAAGGUAACCAUGAAGACCUUCCAUCGUGUGGCCGCCAAGAGAUACCACAAAGACGGAGUGCUGAUCUUCAACGACGGCGAGGACGUGGCCGGACAGAGUCAGGGGAUGCUGAAAUCACUGGAUCUGAAUCAAGACACCUUCGUCGGGAACAUGCCGAGCAAUUAUACCAAAGUGUACGACAACAUCGGCACCAACCACGGGCUGCUCGGCUGCAUACGCAAGCUGAAGAUCAACCGGAUCCACGUGGACCUCCACAUGGGUCGCGACAAGGACGUGCUCGAGAGUUACCGCGUGAAGGAAUGCGGCGACAACGCGUGUGCCAACCUGCCCUGUCAGAACGGCGCGACGUGCCAGCCGAUUUUCGAGGAGGACCUCUGCAACGGUCGAGAGUGCAGGAGGUUGCAGAAGAGGGGCAGGGGCAGGAAUAAGGGCGGUAACGGUAUCGGCGGCAAAGGCGGGGUGAACAUCGUCAGGUGCAGGGGCAAUCAUUGCACCUCGGUCGACCCAGGGAAAGGACCCAAGAGGAGCGCGAGGAAGCGCUGCACCACUAACAAGUGCGACUACGAUUACGAGUUCAUGUACGAGAACAAUUAUGAGCACGGCAACUAUGCGGUGGAGAAGUACGAGCCGCCGGAUUACAGGUGCAUUUGCCCGCCGCAGUUCACCGGCCGCAACUGCGAGGAGUCGCUGGACCCGUGCAUCGACGAGCCCUGUCAGCACGGUGCCACCUGCGACAUCUUGCCGCAGGGAGGCUACGUGUGCAAGUGCCCGCCCGGUAGGACCGGCGAGCACUGUGAGAUCCUGGACGCCGAGUUGACGGAGCUGCUGAUCCCCGAGAUGUCGGGCAACGGAUUUCUGGAGCUGCCCUGCUUGGAAGGCGUCGCUAAAGCGUUCUCCAUCGAACUCUGGUUCCUCACCCACGCGAGCGACGGGCUCUUGCUCUACAACGGCCAGCUGAACAACGCCAAGGGCGACUUCAUCAGUCUGAACUUGGUCCACGGCAGGCUGGAGUUUAGAUUCAAUCUCGGCAGCGGCAUCGCGAACAUUACAUCGCCCGACCCGGUCAGCCUGGACACCUGGCACUGCGUGAGAAUCAGCAGACUUGGCAGAGAAGGUGUCCUCCAACUUGACGACGGCACCGUCGCCAGAGGACUGUCCGGAAGUCCUCUCACUGAACUGAAUCUGGAAAUGCCGCUUUAUGUCGGUGGUGUCAAACACUGGCGAGAAGUACACCGGCUGGCCGGGGCGUGGACCGGAUUGGUAGGCGCCGUGCAGAGACUAAUGGUAAACGGCAAAACAUAUCAGAAUCUCGCGGUGAAUGUUACUCAACACAACACGGAGAUUUACGACGGUCUACCGUGCCCCAGCAACGAGAACCCUUGCCACAACGGCGGGGUCUGCCUUCCACUUCUGAACAGUUACCUCUGCAAGUGCGCCAGCGGUUACAACGGCUUGCACUGUGAAUUCUUCAUGGGCUACGACGUUUCCGGCACCGAGAUCUCCGAGCGACCGGUACGAUUCGACGGCGACCACUUCCUGCAGUUCAAGCACCGCUACGGAAGAAGUACUAACUCGACUAACACUACCAUCACUACCACCACUACUACCCUCGGCGAGUACUUUGAGGAGUCCUACUCCGACUACGACUUGGAGGAGGACGUCGACUACGAGUACGACAGUUACGAUUACAUGGAACGCAGGGGACAACAGUCGAACAAGUUCGAGCUAAGACUGAGGACUAUACAUUCUGAGGGGCUGAUCGCCUGGGUGGGCCGAGGGAAGAUCGAGCACCUCAUCUUGUCUCUGCACAGAGGCCACGUGGUGCUCACUUACAAGAGCAAGACUGAGGAGCAAAUAUUGGUGACGAGCAGGGAAAGAGUGGACGACGGGGUCUUCCACCACAUUCGCGCGUCCCGACGACGGAAGGCGUUGACGGUGCAGAUCGACGAGUACGCGCCGGUGAAGGUCGCGACGGAGACGACGUUGCUGACGACCAACGGCAAGCUGUUCGUCGGCGGCAAGCCGGGCCACCGUGGCAUCAAAGGCUGCGUCACCGACUUCAUCGUCGACAAGCGACGACUGCAGCUGGCCAGACGGAAGAUCGAGUUCUGCCACGACAACGACGUAUGAUAACGAACCCCGAGCCCGACGAUGGUCGCCAACGCGACGUCGACGUCAGAAGACCCCGUCGGCCUGACGACGACCAGUUCGUCGUCGGCGACGAGUUAACGCGCGAACUUCCACGCUCGCUCGCGUCGGACCAAGGUCGACGAUCGUCGUCGAACGGUGCGCCGAGCGCAACAACGAAACGCACGAACCCGGUGACCGUCGUCGUCGCCAUCGCCGCCGACCUGGUGAACGCCUCUACUGCGUGUCGAGACGGACUGUCAACGCGACGUGACGCGCACCGUCGAGACCAAGUGCCGAAGAAUCGCGUGUUCGAAGAGUCGAUCGAGCAACGCACUGACGAUCCCUGGAUCAAGGUGAGAUGCGAGGAGAAGUGACCAAUCCCGGUCGCUGCACUCCUGGGGAGGCGGGAACGCCUGAUCGGAGAUGGUUCAGGCAAUGCUGAGCAGUCUCACACCUCGAAAGUCUCAUAUCGCGUCCGUCGUGAGCCGGACGAGACGAGAAGAGGACUUCCUGCGAAUAUCUUCGACUGAGGCACGCAGAACCAGGCCCGCAAAUCCGGACGGAACUUCUCCAUUCUCUCUUUCUCUCUUUCUCUAUCUAUCUAUCUAUCUAUCUAUCCCUCUCUCCCUCUCACUCGCUCUUCGCCAGGGCUCACCGAAUGAACAGGACCAAGAGCAGGAUUCUCCGCGGCCGAGAUGCAGCGUUCCACGACGAAGCUCCGAGUACGACAGGCUCUGACACUACGAGGACACAAAUGAACCCAGCCGCGCGAGCAUAGCCGCGUUUACCGCGGCGGAAGUCCGCGAAUGGGAACGGGGAGGGUAGGAUGAGAGGUGGAAGGAAUGUCCCACGUUUGGAAUAUCGCACAUCUCGACGUUCACACACACCGGAAUCCAGAAUCGCAAAACCCGCGAAAACUCUCUGUCGCCGUCGUCGUCGUCGUCGUCAUGCGGAAGACGCACAGACGCCGCAACCGGCACGCGCAUUUACGUCGAGUGCGCCUCACGCGCACCAGCGUUCUCACAGGGCCAUCCAAUAAUCCCAGGCAGGAUAAGGAACAAGGAGUAGCAGUGCUCGAUCGCGAUGUCACGCCAGCUCGGCUCAAGAUUCGAACGCGGGAGGAAGGAUCGCACGAUGAUCGAUCGAGGCUCGAGCUCGCUCGCUUCGCGUCAUCGUCUGCGUGCAAUCGACGAGAGGAGGCUGAAGGAGGGAGGGAUGAAGAAGGAAACACCAAGAGAGAUCGAUCGUCCCGGAGCGAAGGGAUGGCGAUGGACGGAGAGGAGGAGCGGCGAGUCACAAGUGCUACACUAUGUUUCAUCGAAAGACAAUAAUAUAUUUUUAAGGCGGUGAGGUUUAAGGUAUACAUAUGGAUAUGUAUGUGUGAACUUAUCUGUAUACGUGUGCGUGCGUGCGUGCGUGCGUGUGUGUGUGUGCGCGCGCGUGUGGCGAACACGCGCGAACAGCGCGUACUUAGUACGAGGGAGAUAAAGACACGUGUCACGGGGUCCUCUUCUCUCCCCUUCGCAGGAGAGCCCUCGUUAUUAGAGAGUCUACUCUGUAAGUUGUAACCCGAAGCACCUAAUAAGCGUUUACGAUGCCAAGACUGACUUAUAAGAGACGCGGACGGGCGGGCCGGCAG